UGGUAGUGACUAGGCUCUUGCGGGGCAGAGGCGGGCCUGGGGUUAGUGGAUCCUGCUAUUCUGCCAGAGCCAUCAUCACUUCCCGGUUUCCACACCUCGGAUUUCAGCUGUAAAGCAUACUUUCAACGUCUCCAGAAAACACUGGUGUUUGUGCCAUGAAUAAAGUAUUUCGUGAAUGAGAAUAAGUUUGGAAUCAUGGAUGGAGCACCCGGUGAUACCCCUAGGCUCUAACAAAGGGCCCCUUCUCACCUCUCCCCGUUAUUUUCUUGAGUCUGUGUCACUUCUGUCUUCCACUCCCAUACAGAUAUAUGGGAUAAAGGGUGGAAUUGUUUCCCAGAGACUCUAGCCCUGGGGGGUUCUGACAGCUUCUGGUUGUGAUCUGUUGGCUGGGUUUUCAGUACUGUGGAUGAAACCCAGGGCCUCGUAGAUGCUAGGCAGGCGGUCUAAAAGGUGGGCUACAUCCCCAGUCCAAGAGGAAAUAUCUGUAGAAAAAACCUCCAUCUCUGCUUUCUUUCUCUACCAGGCUCCCAGGGGAGUACUGGUAGGGAACCGGGGAAAAACCAAGAAGUGUGUGCUUAGAGAAGGGAGAGGGCCAGGGAGCCUGGCCUGGUGCCGCCCAGGUUGGUCAGAGCCAGCUCCACGGUCUGGGGGCAGAGGAUCUCAGCAAUAAUUCAGGGUUCCUGCUCUUUGGAACCAGUUGCCAGGAAACAGGGAGACAGGCACGUGCGUCCCUGGGGAGAACAGGUUUCUAGGCCAGACAGAGCAGUGAAAUGGAAGCCCAGAGUGCAGACUGGAGGCCUGGGGCCUGCCCACUCCAGCGCACAAGGGCUGAGGGAGACAGGGCUGGGCCAUGAGGAAGGCACACAUGGCUAGUAUGUCCACAGUCAUAGGAUGCAAGCAUAUGGGUCCUGGACUCAAGAGUUUGCGUGGAAAACUUUUCCUGCAGCUAUUCUAAGAGAAGAACAACCACCAGUAUUCCUAAGUGCAGGAAAAUGGACUCUCCGAAGGGCUGUCUUCAUUAACUUUGGCCAAUAUGGGUCAAGGCAAGGGGCUGAGGCGGCUUCUGCCCGUCCCAACCUCAGAAUCACUGGGAUCGGGUUUACCUGCUUGGCACUGUGCCACCCAGGGAGAAUGGUGCAUCUUUCAUGAAGUCAUCGGAUCCCUGGGACAGACUCUUGGUUCCUCCAAGUUUCUGGAGCCAGACUCACUGGUGCCCACUGAGCUACCACCUUCUGUGCCUGGGUCGGCCCCUCUCCGCUGCAGCCAUGAACCAAGCCUUCUGGAAAGCUUACAAGUCCAAAGUGCUGCAGACUCUGGGUGGAGAAUCUGAAGAGGACCUGGCAGAGGAGAGGGAGAACCCAGCAUUAGUGGAGUCGGACACAGCAGAAGCCCCGGAGGAGGCCGUCAACCCCAUGUCACAGCUGGCCCGAAGGGUUCAGGGGGUUGGGGUGAAAGGUUGGCUGACGAUGUCAUCGCUGUUUAACAAAGAAGACGAGGACAAACUGCUGCCACCAGAGCCCCGUGCCGAUCAUCCGCUGGCGGCACCCCCUUCCUCGCAGGCGUCGGCAGUAGAAACAGAGUCGCGCGGGCCGGGAUUCUGGGACACCUUCGCCAGCAGAUGGCAGCAGCAGCAGGCCACGUCCAUGCUGCGCGGUGUGGAAACCACCGCGGAGCGGGAUGCGGAUUCCCAGGACAAGCCUGCAGAGGAGGCCACGGAGUGCCCCGAGACGCGGGAGGUGGAUCCCGCCGCAGGCUUCAAGUGGGGUUUCCUCACCCACAAACUGGCAGAGAUGAGGGUGAAGGCCGCGCCCAAGGGCGACUAGCCGGCGCCCGUCCUUCCCUACCUCCCAUA